AUGUCUAAUGCUUCAAGGACUUCAACUUCCAACACUCCUUCAACAUGUGCAGCAUACUGUACAUCUCUGGGCAUUCCAUACUCUGGAACUGAAUAUGCUAAUGAAUGUUAUUGCUCAAUAACAGCACCUACAACUGUAUCAACUGCCUGUACAAUGGCUUGUGCUGGUAAUUCAACAGAAAUUUGUGGAGGAGCAAAUGCUAUAUCAGUUGUCUAUACUACUAUUCCAACUCUGCCAGCUACAAACAGUACAAAACGUGGCCUCUGUUGGCCAUGGAAUAAUCCUGCAUCGUCAUUUGCAUUCUUCUCACCCAGUGCUAUACCAUGGUUGUAUAAUUGGGAACUGUGGGAUUCACGAGCGACGGGCACUUAUUCAAUAGCUGAAUAUGUACCAAUGUGUAGAACACAGACAGAAGCAUCUCAAGUUCCAGCAUAUUUCUCCAGUUGUUAUGCCACACAUCUUCUAGGAUUUAAUGAACCAGAUUUACCAGCAGCUAAUGGUGGCGACUAUAUUUCACCUUACAAUGCCUCCAUUCUUUGGAAACAGUACAUUCAACCUGUGAAAGCAUCGUGUGGAACGGCAUUGGGAGCACCAGCUGUUACGAAUGGAGUUGGUUCCGGAUGGGGAACUGAUUGGCUUCAUCAGUUUUUCGGUAACUGUACAUCUCCUUCCUGUUCAUUUGAUUUUAUUCCACUUCAUUGGUAUGGUAGUUCAUUAUCGGAUUUUCAAACGUACGUUACCAACUUCCAUUCACUUUUUCCAACUUAUUCUUUAUGGAUUACUGAAUGGCAAUUUACUGGUGUUUCAAGUACAGCAACAGCCUAUCUUGAAAAACAAGCUUUGCAAUGGCUUGAUGCACAAAAUUAUGUAGUGAGAUAUGCAAUGUUUGGACCAAUGAAUUCUGCUAAUAUGGCUGGUAUUACAAAUGGUGCCAUGGUUACAGAUGAUCUUAGUGGACUUACGAAUGUUGGCAAGAUUUAUGCUGGACUCAUGUAA